GUGAUAUUACGUAUAAAUUGCAAUAUAUAUAUUAUCGAGCAGUUUACACAAAUACUGAUGCAUAUUUGGAUUGGAUAUUGAAAUCAAUGCAGCAGCCAGCAAGAGUACCGUUUGAUUUGCGAAAGGAACUUAUAUUUAGUGAAUAAAAAACUAAACUUAAAUUUAAAACAUAACUUAACCUAUUCUGUUCGAAAAGAAAUAAGACACACAUUACAUAAAUAUGUUGUGUUAGCUCUCUGGUUGGUUUCAGAGCUCAAAGCCCUUCAAACUGGCGUAUCAUUCACGGUGUCUCUCUUAUAAGAACUGCAAACUCUCAGUAAACGCCGUGAGAUAUCGAAAUGCAUGUUACACGCAGGCCUUGAUCGACAACGGUUGUUAAGCUAAAGAAAAAGUGUUUAUACGUUACAUGUCGGCCAUAAACUACGAAAUUAUGUUUUAAGAUGUAAUACAAUUUCGUAGUGUUUGUAUUUUGAAAAUUAAAUCAUAAAAUAAACGCCAUGAAGUUUUUUCGCUAUAUUUGUUAUUAAUUAUAUUUAUAUGUAAUAUUAAAAUUCGGCAAGCGUUACGCAACAUAUGGAAGGACCUUGAUUAAACCUGUUUCAAAUCAUACUAUUUACCCGUUUGUGGCACUUGUUUCAACCAGUGAACAACGUUACACCAAUACUUGAGUAGCUGAGACAUAUGUUUUUUUUUUUCUAUAAUCGUGAUCGCGUCGAUCGCUACUGCUGAUAUCUGCGUCGAUCGUUGCUGCUAAAUGAUCACUUGUUGUUUGCAAGCGACUAAGUAUAGACGUUUAAAAGUCCCACGGUAGACGUUUCAAUUUAAGUGCAGCACUUAUGUACCGACUAAUGUUUCAAUUCGUCAGGAGAGUAACUCUGUUUUCCGGUUUGUGGUUCUUGCUAUCUCUGGCGACGGCCCAAGAGAACCGGUUAACGUGCGGUAGACGCAAAGUGAAGUCGGUUUACCUCAUCCACAAUGGCAUUGACGCCAAGGCCGGUCACUGGCCGUGGCAUGCUGCGGUCUUCUAUAACAUGACCGGAAAGACGGAUUACGCUUGCGGUGGAUCCAUCCUUGACGAGAACACUAUUCUCACAGGUAUGAUGUACCAUUUGUCACUAAUAAAACCCAAAUGACAUUGCUUUCCUCUUCGUAAGCCUCUCAUUGCGUGCAUACUCGACGAGGUGUGCUCCCGGCGGCUCGCGUGUUAGUACACGUGGGACAAAUCAAUCUGAAAGAAGCAAGUGAAUACACGCAGACGCUUGGGGCACGGGAAAUUAUACUUCACCCUGGGUUUAGCAGAAACAGCAUCAUCAACGACAUUGCGUUGAUCAAGCUUAGCUCCAACAUAACGAUGACGAAAUACGUGCAACCUGUUUGUCUGUGGACCAUGGACAGCAAGAAAGAGUUAAUCGUUGGUAAAAAUGGAACGAUUGUGGGGUUCGGUUUGAACGAGCAGGACGUUGUAUCGGAGCGGCUAAAACAAGCCUUGAUUGGUGUGGCGGAUGCGUUGACGUGCAUUGCAAGUGAUCGUAGUGUGUUUGGAACUCACCUUACGUCGGACAUGUUCUGUGGGAAAGGACAGAAGGGUGUGAGUGCAUGCAACGGAGAUAGCGGUGGCGGUAUGUUCUUCGAGGUGGGUGGCAAAUGGUUCGUGAGGGGCUUGGUGUCCUUCACUCCAUUGCGAGGUAACACGACGCUAUGCGAUCCGCUUAAGUACACGGCCUACACCGAUGUGGCAAAGCACUUGGAAUGGAUUAAGCAGUACAUUGAUCAGCGAGUACUGUCCUUCGAGAGCGAUGUGUUGGAUAUAGACUAUGAAGAAAAGCUACGCUUGUUCAACUUCCAGACGUGCGGUGUGAAAUCAUCUACUGUUCAUCCUGGCGGAUCUAAUUGGACACUACCCUGGCUUGGAUUUGUCAGAGCGCCGAAUGAGUAUAAAACUAGAUGUGUUGUUACACUCAUAAGCGAUUGGUAUGCGGUUGGACCUGCGCAUUGUUUCGAAAAUGACGGUGUUGAGGCUUUCAUUUUGUUAGGUGCUGGAUACGAACACUUAAAAUCGGAAUGUUUCAACCGCAACGGAUCUACCCUAUGCACUCAUCUCUCCCAAAUGCGUCGUAUUCAAAGGAUCAUUGUGCAUCCAAUGUUCGGUACAAACAAUGCUGCAGACAAUAUCGCACUCAUCGAGCUGCUAUCCCCGGCAGACAUCAGCCAGCCAAACGUGAAGCCUAUAUGCCUACCUGUAACGUCUGAGCUUAGAACGAACGCAAAGACAAACUUACACGUUGCAGUGAUUUCAAGAGAUGAAGACUCGUACAAAAACAUUCCCGUUCGCUAUCUAGACUCUGCCGAGUGUAUGAAACUGUACGCCCAAGAGAACAUUGUGUUGAAUCUGGAAAACAAACGACUCUGCGCAGAAAUAGCGAACAACCAGGACGAACAAAAUUGCAAUGCACUUAUAUCAGGAUCACCGCUUCAGGAACUGAAGAUGUUUGGUGGUAAGGAGCAAUACUUCCUGCGAGGAUUCGAGUUGCUUGGACAGGCCUGUAAUGCGCGUGCACCACCAAUUUACAACAAUAUCGAGGCAUACAUCGACUGGAUACUGUACAACAUGAGGUACAACGAGCCGGAGGACCUUGUACAAACAGAAAGUUUGCCAGCUAAUGGCUCUUUAAAAUCACAAUGGAUGAGACUACAGCAAGAACCAGGGAAUGAAAAUCUUCAACUCUUCAAUAUGAGCUCGUGCGGUGUAACGGCAAACAUCGUGAAUGAAAAAACGGGCUCCAUCGUCGUCUAUCCCUGGAUGGUGACAGUGUUUGGUUGGCGGACAAUUAUAGAUGAUGAUAAACAAUUGGAAGUGCAAAGUGUAGGAGUAUUGAUAAGCGAACGAUACUUUCUAACAAACGCCCAUCUAGUGAAACAGAAAGCAUGGUGGCGUUCGGUUGUCAUUGGAUUGAGCAACCUUAUCGUUCAAGCUCAGUGUGUCGGUGACUCAUGUGUGCAAGCGGUUGAGGCAACCAUUAGAAGCAUUCACAUCCAUCCGAAUUAUGCAAACGAUCCGCUUAAUUAUAAUAUCGCACUGGUUGAGCUUACAUCACCAGUUAAUUCUACCAGCCGACACAUCAAACCAAUCUGCAUGCCAUUUCUUAAGGAUAUGUUUAAGACAAAUCCGCUCGAGCUGGUUGUUACCUCGAACGAGGACUUGGACAUGAGAAGCAAAACGUUGACAGCACUCAAUCCGACCACCUGUCAACGGCAACUAGCACAGGAAGGGUUUCUGACCUCAACAAAAACUGUUCCUUGGUGA